CGUCGUGAUGUCGGUCAAUGUCUACAAAUUUUGCUAGCAGUUACAAAGCGGAAAUUCUGAUUCACUAUGCUGAAGCAAAAUAUGAAGAAUACUCUAGAUUUGCGGGCCAUCGUAACAUGGCAACCAUUUACAUCCAUGUGUUAUCUAUCGCUCUCUGUCUUUCCGCCGGGUUUCAGCAGGGUUACAUAGCUUCUGUUCUCAACCAGCCGUACCUAGAGAUCACUAAAUUCAUCAAUGAUUCUUGGAUGGAAAGAUAUGAUGAGCCUCUGCAAAGAAACAUUUUGGAUAUGCUAUGGUCAUUCCUAAACGUUUGCUUUCCAAUCGCUACCAUCGCUGGGCAAUUUUUGGCCGCCUACUUUUGUGAUCACAUCGGACGUAAAAAUACUGCGCUUCUUGCCAGUGCAAUCUAUAUCCCAGGAGUACUGCUUUGUACGGCAUCAAAGGAUUAUUACCCAUAUUUCGAGCAGCUGUUCAUUGGAAGAAUAUUAUGGUCUCUGGCCAAUGGAAUCAACACAGUGAACGCCACAGUUUGGAUAAUUGAGUGUGCUCCGACAAGGAUUCGCGGACGAAUGUCAGCCAUGCAAGAAUUUUUCCUCGCAUUUGGAUCGCUCGUGACUCAAGCACUCGGGGUACCGUUUUCGAACGAAAAGCUGUGGCCUUUAAUUUUUGUACCAAACCUCGCAUUCGUCUUUGUAUCGAUGGCAAUGUUUGCUUUCGUAUAUGAAUCACCCCAGUAUAUUUUGGAGAAGUAUGGCGAUGAGGAUAGGGCAAAACUAGCCUUAGCAGCCUAUUACGGAGUAAGCAUUACCGACAGAACACUAAUGACCGAGAUAGCAAUUUGUGAGAACUGUGCAAGGGAGCAUGAACAAACUAAGCAUUCGAAAUGUGGUGUCGAAACGGAGCACGACGCUAUGACGGUGAUGUUCAAACCUUGGAAAGCAAAAGACUUUACUUCAAGAGUGGUUCGGCGCGCAGCUUGGUUGGGAGUCAUGGUCAAGGUAGCUUAUGUCUUUUCCGGUGCACGAUGUCUACGAGCUUUCAGUACCUUCGCGCUUCAUAAUCUGGGCGGAUGGAGUAUUGACGCUGCUCUCUAUGGAUCUCUUGUGAUUGGCAUUGCUAGACUUCCUCUGGCGCUUGUGCCCGUGCUUCUUGUGGACCGAGUUGGACGUAGGCCAUUGUUGCUAUAUUCAACGCUCAUUUCACUUCUUUCGCUGAUCGCCAUGAUCGUCGGCAUCGAUGUCGGCGAAGACCUGAAGAUAGCCACCUUGACGGGUCUAGCCACUCUUCUACUCAUAAACGCAUGCGGUCUGGGUUCAGUGUCGAGGUUCUAUGCGGCUGAGUUGGUCCCAAGGGCUUAUCUGCUUCCCUGCAUAUCAACGUUGAACACACUCGAGUCGCUGUCAAAGAUUGCCGUUGAAUUUGCUUUCUAUCCGAUAGCGAACAUUAUUGGAGGACAAUCGUUGCUACUUUUCAUUGUUCCAACUACAAUUUUCAUCUACUUCAUGUGGUCAGAUUGCCCAGAAAGCAGUAGGAGGCCAGUGAAUGAGGUUCUCAAUGAUAUUGCAUCAAAAAUGAAAAUCAAUGUGGAGUUUCCAAGCUACGGAAAUUUGUGAUAAUAAUGAUGUAUAUUUGGCCGGAUCAGGAGGGCUGCGUAGUUCACGGGUAGACAUUACAUCGCUUCAGAUUUUCUGUGCAAAUAUUUUACAGCCA